AUGAGUCGCAGUCGGAAUCCCCCUCCUCCUCGGGGGCAAGGAGCAGCUCGAGCGAAACAGAUGGGGCUGCUUCUUGAUCUUUCCCCGGAUGGAGGGAUGGAUGAUGGUAGACAUGAUGACGAGCUGGAGGCAGAGCUCCUCAGUCUGGUGGGGGGAGGUGGAAAAGGAGGGAAACCGCAGGGGAAGAAAGGUGAAGGUAAAGCUCCUGUUCCUAUGGCUGAAAUUGAGAGAAUGGCAGCUCUUUGUAUGAAAGAUCUAGAUGAUGAUGACAUGGGUGAUGAAAACUUGGAGGAUGAUGAAGAUCUGCUGGCAGAAUUAAAUGAAGUUUUGGAGGACGAUGAGGAGGACGCUCCAGGUCCAACACCCCCCGCUGUCACGCCGAUUGCUCCUAAAAUGAACAUCACAAGCCGUCCAGCUACUCCCGGGGCUCCCAGCGGUGCGUCCGGGUUGGAAUCCCGACUGUUGGAGCGUAUUGAAAUGUAUCAGAAAGCCAUCUCUAAUGCCAAGGCUGCAGGCGAAAUUAGCAAAGUUCGGAGAUACGACCGAGGGUUAAAGACAUUACAGUCCAUGUUAACGUCUGCCAAGAAAGGGAAACCAGUCAGCGAAGAGGAGAUUCCUCCCCCCGUUGCUAUAGGAGCAACUUCAGAUGCUGUGACUGGACCUGUGAAGGAACGAGAACCACCUGAGCCUGCCCUGAAGCCUCCUCCUUCAACUCAGAAACCCCUGAGGGAGGCUGCACCUUUUGCUCCAAACACUAAACCGACCUAUCUGUCCCCUCCCAUAAAGCCCGUCGCUGCCGUCACCCCAGAAACGCCGGCAAUCUCUCCCCUCACCCCUGUUCAGCCUGACACUCAGCACUCCGAGCUGAAACAGGCAGUGAUGUGCAGACAGAGGGAGUAUAAGAUGGCUGCCAUUCACGCCAAACAGCAUGGUGACGUAAACCUGGCUAAACAACACUACCUCACUUCCAAGAAGCUCGACUUGCUGCUGGAGGCUGUGGACCGAGGAGGACCAGUAGAACUGAGCUCAUUGCCGCCGCCUCCUGGAGAUGUGGUAGAAGAACACUCAGCACCCGUUCCUCCAAAGGCUUCAUCCAACCCUGCAGCUGCUCCUGCUCCUCCUGCACCCACCCAAGUGGCCUCCCCUGCUCUCCCUGCUCCCACAAGUUUGGCCGAAGCCUUGAAGCAAAGGUUGGACAUUUACAAGCAAGCAGCAGAGACGGCCAAAACCAACGGGGAUGAUCGAAAAGCUCGCAUGCACCAGCGCAUCAUGAAGCAAUAUCAAGACGCCAUCAAAGCUCAUAAUGCCGGCCGGCCUGUCAGCUUGUCCGAUCUCCCGGUGCCACCCGGCUGCCCACCUCUUCAGGGCUCAGAGGGGAGUCAGCAGAACUUCAUGGGUGUCCUGGAAACAGCUAUGAAGAUUGCAAAUCAGGACGCAGACGCAGAGGAUGAAGAGGAGGAGGGACAAAAAGGAGUUGCUAUGCCUGCAGUGCGUCCACCAGUCCAAAAAGCAAAGUCUCCCGCCUCUCAGGCCCCUGGAGGACCCUCAGCUCCAAAACUGGGACCCAAAGCUCAGCAGCAAGUAGAUUUCUUGUUGCUACGGCGACAAGCCUUCCUGCGAGCAGCACUGCGAUCCAAACAGAUGAAGGACAUGACGGGAGCAGCGCAGCACCUCAGACACGCAAAAGGACUGGACCCAAUGGUCACCGCGGCCAAGUCUGGCCUACCUGUUGACAUCACCAAGAUUCCGAACGCUCCAGUAAGUGAGGAGGAUUAUUCCCUGACUCGUUCCCGGACCUCUUCGGUCUCUCCUCGCUCCAGUGAAAAAUUCCACGCUCUUAUGGAUCUUUUACGAAAGCAACACGAGAAAUGUUUGAGCCUCUCGCAGCAGUUCACGCUCAUGGGCAACAUAGCCGAGGCUUUGAAGUUUGAGAAGCUGGUCGAGGAGUGCAUGAAGUACAUAGAAAUACUGAAGGAUGCCCACGCUAAGGGCCACCCGGUUCCCAAGUGCCACACAGAGGAAAGAACCGUAAACUCAGUCAAGAUCCACUCCAGCCUGACACCUAAUGAUCUGCUACUGUACAUUAGUCGAGGCGUCAACCUGCCAGCUCCAUCAGGUGUCUCGCCUAAUGAUCUGGAUGCCAGUGUAAAAUUUGAGUUUCCCUUCCCCAGCUCGGAGGAGGCCCAGAGGGACAAAACAGGCACAGUCAAGAACACAAGCAGUCCAGAGUUUAAAGAGGAGUUCAAACUCAACAUCAGCCGUAACCACAGAGCUUUCAAACGGGUCAUUCAGUCCAAAGGCAUCAAGUUUGAAAUCGUCCACAAGGGAGGUCUGUUUAAGAACGAUAAAGUGGUGGGCACUGCUCAGCUGAAACUCGAAGCUCUCGAAAACCACUGUGACAUCAGAGAGAUUAUAGACGUGAUGGAUGGUCGUAAAGCUACAGGUGGGAAGUUGGAGGUGAGAGUGAAGAUCAGAGAGCCCCUUUCAGGCGCCGAUCUGCAGCCGGUGACAGAGAAGUGGCUUGUUCUUGAGCCGGUUUCAGCUCUCUCUCCGUCAGAUAAACCCAAGGAGCGGGCUCCGUCCCCCCGGUCUAAACCCAGACAUGAAGCCAGUGGCAAAAGCAAUCAGCCCAACAACUCUACUUCACAGUACAACCUCCACAGCUUCAGCCUCCUCAACUACGACCGGGAGCGCUUUGAGAGAAAGAUUGCAGAUUACCAGAAGAGCCGGCGAGAUCCCCCAUCUGAUCUGAUCCAGCAACACAAAGAGGUUACACGCAGACUUCAGUGGCAGAAAGCACAGCUGGAGCGAGCUUCUCCUGUUCUGCUGUCAGAAUAUGAACACGUGCUGCGGCGACUCGUUCAAGGACUUUCUGAGUCUGUGAAGAAAUUCUCCAGCCAAGGCAACAGGGAUGCUGCUAAAGAUGCACUGGGCAGGUUGAAGUUGGUAGAAAGUGAGCUUGAAUCCCUGAGAAGAAAACGCACGGGAUGA